AGUGCGAAUGAGUGCGAAGCAGUACGGAAUACUCAAAGAAGUUUAGUGAAGAGAAAAAUUCUCUGGAUCUCGUUGGAACUGCUUGAAAACUUGAAAUUUACUGUACUUGUUUAUAAAAUUGUGAGCCAUACAAAUGGUUCAGUUAUUGCACGAUACGUAUGCUAGGCUAAUAAAUUCUUGUGGAAAGGUCUCCUAAGAGGAGUGCCUUGACAAGUGGUUUUGUGUACGGGAACCGAACCUUUGAACCCUUCAGAAUGGCUGAAAAUCAGGGAAACUCCUCGAAUCAGGCAAAUCAAGAUUCCUUGCUAAUUGGUAUGAAUCUCCGCUAUAUAGGUAGAAACGGAUUUUUCGUUUUAGGUUCCACCAGAACUUUCAAUUUUCAGCGUUUAGAUUUUCGAUCUAAUAGUGAUGUUCAAAAUGAAAUGACAGCAGAGAGGCGAAGGCAGUUGAGACUUAGUUUUCAGACACAGGGUAGUGGUCUGUCAUUGUCUAAUUCAACAUUGUCUAAUUCUUCUGACACACCUGUGCGGCCACCUUUGUCGUCUUCGCGCCCAAGCUUGCCUGUACCAUUACCUACAUUGCCAGUGAGGCCCCGUCCUACGGGGCAACAAGAAUUUCGUCCUGAUAAUGCAAGGGACACAUUACGAAUGUGCCAAUCAAUGCAGAGCACAGGUAAAUUACAACUGACCCCUGAUGUAGUAUACGAUUUUACAAGCGAAGAUCUUCAGGAUUUGGGUGAGAUAGGAAGGGGUGGGUUUGGUACUGUAAAUAAGAUGAUACAUAGGAUAAGCAAUACCGUCAUGGCUGUGAAGAGAAUUCGUUCGACGGUCGACGAGAGAGAACAAAAACAAUUACUGAUGGAUCUGGAAGUUGUAAUGAAGUCCAAUGAGUGCCCAUGCAUUGUGCAAUUUUAUGGGGCUUUAUUUAAAGAGGGAGAUUGUUGGAUUUGUAUGGAACUAAUGGACACCUCGCUAGACAAGUUCUAUAAGUUCAUAUAUGAGAGACUAAACGAGAGGAUACCUGAGUGUAUCCUCGGUAAAAUAACCGUAGCAACAGUUAAGGCGCUAAAUUAUCUAAAAGAAAAAUUGCGGAUUAUACACCGAGACGUAAAACCGAGCAACAUUCUGCUCGAUAGACGUGGCAAUAUAAAAUUAUGCGAUUUCGGUAUUUCCGGGCAACUUGUAGAUUCGAUUGCCCGUACCCGAGAUGCUGGCUGUAGACCAUACAUGGCUCCUGAAAGAAUAGACCCUCAGCGGGCACCAGGCUAUGAUGUAAGGAGUGACGUAUGGUCUUUAGGCAUCACGUUAAUGGAAGUAGCCACCGGAUAUUUUCCUUAUCCAAAAUGGAACUCUGUUUUCGAACAGCUCUAUCAGGUGGUGCAGGGUGAUCCUCCUCGACUGUCACCCAAUGAGAACGGCAAUCAUUUUACCAUGGACUUUGUCAAUUUUGUUAAUACAUGUUUAAUUAAGGAAGAGACUCAGCGCCCUAAGUACAACAAACUAUUGGAGCAUCCGUUUAUACGGAAAGCUGAAAAGGCGACGAUAGACGUAGCUGCAUAUAUUAGUGGCGUGUUGGACAAUAUGGCCAAUAAUGGGGUCACCCCUUUCACCACCAAUCAGCCUUAAACGAAUAGGAGUCACCACAGAAGAUGAAGAAGAGCAAGGGAGAAAGCAUUCCUUGACGACCUUCCGUCGGAUGUUAUAUUUACAGAAAUCAGAAUGAAAGAAUGAAGGAAAAAAUGGAGAAGCAUGAGCCGCUCCUCCCACUAGUAGGUAGACAAUUGCAAGGGCUGCCGUCGUUGUAGAGCUAUAUCACGUCAGAAUACUCGAUAGCGAGUAGGGGUUAAAAGAAAUGAAAUCACAAUAUCCAAGUAGAGUUGAUAAAGAAGAAGAGUGAACGCAUGGAAUAAUUUACUUAGCAUACUUUCCUACUGAGCUCACAAGAGUCCACUGCAAAAAUACCUCUUAUAAACAUUUAGAUAUCAUCUCCAGAACGAUCUGUAGUUCUUGUAAUAUUGAAAAAUAAUCCGACGAAUUGUUGUGAAUUGUAUAUAUUGUUUAACGUUUUACUUCCAUGUUUUAUAAAGCAUAUGACUUGGAAAUAGCUCGCCAAAACAGUACAAAGUACCUAAUUGCUCGUUCUGGCGAUUUUAUUAGGAACAAGCUUAUACGAACGUUAAAAAAAAAAUACUGUACCGUAAGGAGAAUAAAUAACAAUUAAUUGCGAAUCAA